CUACUAACUCACAUUUCCUUCCCAUUAUAACCUUUUCUUUUUCAACAAUUCCUCUUAAUUACCCUCAUUCUCUCCUUACUGUAACGCCUUCUCUGAAAGGAAAAAUAUUCAUUCUCUCUAUCUUUCCCUUUCUACUCUAAUUCAUCAACACCAAUUCUCUCUCUAAACCUUCAGUUAUAUAGAGGUUAUUGUAUAUUUAUUGUUUUGAGAAGAUAUGGCGGUUUCAACGACGGCAACAGCGCCUCUGGCGUCACUGUACGUGGGUGACCUGCACCAGGACGUGACGGAUGCACAUCUUUUUGAUGCCUUCUCGGAGUUUAAGAGCCUCGCGUCCGUACGAGUCUGCCGUGAUUCCACCACCGGCCGCUCUCUCGGUUAUGGCUACGUCAACUUCAUCUCUCCACAAGACGCUUCUCAGGCUAUAGAGGGGAAAAAUCAUUUUACCUUGAACUCAAAAGCAAUUAGGGUUAUGUGGUCACAUCGUGAUCCAGGUGCAAGAAGAAGCGGGAUUGGAAAUGUGUAUGUCAAGAAUUUGAGUGAUUCAAUUGACAGUGUGAAGCUUCAAGAAAUGUUCCAAAAGUUUGGUAAUGUACUGUCUUGUAAAGUUGUCACUUCUGAUGAUGGGAAGAGCAAAGAAUAUGGAUUUGUCCAGUUUGAGUCUGAAAUUUCUGCAAAUGCUGCCAUUGAGAAGCUUGAUGGCUCUACAGUUGGAGGCAAGAAGAUGUAUGCUGGCAAGUUUGUGAAAAAGAGUGACCGAUCUCUACCCAGUCCUGAAGCAAAGUAUACAAAUCUGUACAUCAAGAAUUUGGAUCCAGGUGUCACUGAGGAAGUCCUUAAGGAGAAGUUCUCUGAAUAUGGGAAAAUUAUCAGCUUGAUCAUCUCAAAAGACGAGAAUGGGGAAUCAAGAGGCUUUGGAUUUGUCAACUUCGAGAAUCCAGAUGAUGCCAGACAUGCAGUGGAAGCCAUGCAUGGAUCAAGACUUGUAGGCUCACAGGUUAUAUAUGUGGCCCGGGCACAAAAGAAAGCAGAGCGUGAACAGAUGUUACAUUACCAGUUUGAUGAGAAAAGGAAGGAGCGAGUCUUAAAAUACCAGACUUCAAAUGUUUAUGUGAAGAAUAUUGGUGAUGAUAUCACUGAUGAUCAGCUGCGGGAAUACUUUAGUCAGUGGGGCACAAUUACUUCUGCAAAGCUGAUGCGAGAUGAUAAAGGAAUGAGCAAGGGGUUUGGAUUUGUUUGCUUCUCCAACCCCAAGGAAGCGAUCAAAGCUGUGAACACUUUUCAUGGAUCCAUGUUUCAUCAGAAGCCAUUGUAUGUGGCAAUUGCUCAGAGGAAAGAGGAAAGACAAGCCCAGUUGCUGCUAAAAUUUUCCCAGGUUAUGAGAGGAUUUGCAGGACAAUCAGCUGUCAUUCCUGGUCGAUAUUCUUCUCUUUACUACCCAGUUCCUGGUGUCAGUACGCAAGUUGCGGCUCGACCUCGACCUGGUAUGAUGUAUCAACCUUUUGGAAUGAGGCCAGGAUGGGGUGCUGAUGGAUAUGCAAAUUAUUCUAUACCUGCUUUUAAUGCAUCUCCAUUUCGCCUGCGUGCCAGGCAUGUCAAGUACAUGCCUAAUGGGCAUUCACGUGAGAUGAACGAUGAAUCUGAUGCUGUAACUAGCUCUGAAGGGUCAGAUACGUUAAGCAGCAUGCUUGCUGCAGCUCCUCCGGAUCAGCAGAAACAGAUACUUGGGGAGCAUCUUUUUCCCCUCGUCAGUCAACACAAGCCUGAUCUUGCUGCAAAGAUAACGGGAAUGCUGUUGGAGAUGGACAAUUCAGAAUUACUUCUAUUAUUAGAGUCACCAGAUUCACUAGUGACAAAGGUGGAAGAAGCUGUUCAGGUUCUCAAGCUCAAAGUUUCGAACCAAGAUGCAAUCCAUCCAAAUUACCUUUCUGCUGAAGUCGCAGUAAGCUGAGGAAAAUGAUACACUACAAUCUAGGUUUAUUGUUUCUAUUGAAUUCUCGUAACAGGCAUCUGUAAAGGCAUGAUCAGACUCUACACAAGGGAGAGAUGCUGAAUCAAGGCUGUGAAAACUCUCAUCAUCAUCUCUAUACAUUUCUCUAGAGUCAAUUUCUACUGAUUUUUCUUGGAUUUUUGAUAAUGAUGGAGCUUUCGAUGCAAGAUAUUUUCUGCCUGCUAUUUUUGCAAAAACGAAACCAAUUACAGUAAUAGCUAAUGGAAUUCCAGCUUUCACAAGAACUGGUUUCAUAGCCUCCACCUUACCGGUCGAGCUCCCCAUGUUUUUCAACAAAAUUAAGGAUCUAGUAGCUUUAGAUCUUCCAAUACAACCGAACUGAGUGGAGACAAGGGAUUUAUGUAGACCUUCUAUCUAUUGAGAACAAGGCUUGGU